AGGGGCAGUGGGAGCACCAGCAGCCCCGGCUCCCGGAGCAUCAGGGCACCCACCAGCUCCCCGUGUCCCGGACUGAAGGAUAUUGGCCAGGUUUCUGCAGGCAGAAGAUCACAGCCAAGCUGGAUGAACAUGGAUUUAGCCUCCGAGCGGCUGAAUGGCACAGGUCCCUGCGCAAGACACAAACCCUCCCCAACGCUGGAGUCCUUCAAGAAGAUCGGCGUCCCCAUCCUGGCAGUGGUGCUCAGCCUCACCUGCCUGGUCACAGUCGGGUUCCUGGUCAAGGUUUACCUGGACUACCACUACUUCUUCUGCAAACAGCCCUUGAAGCUGGUGGCGCUGCAGCGGGUGUGUGAUGGGCAAGUGGACUGCCUGCAGGGCGAGGAUGAGGCCAACUGUCCCCAGUGGGUCCCCGAGGGGCCACCAGCUGGUGUCCGCGUUUCCAAAGACAGAUCCAUCCUGCAGGUGCUCAACAGAAACACCGGAGCGUGGUCCUGCGUCUGCCACGACCACUUCAACCUGCUGCUGGCCAAAGCAGCCUGCGAGCAGAUGGGCUACAGGAGCACUCCCGUUUUCUGGGACGCGGAGGUUGGCGCGGGGCAGCCCCUGCCUCCUCGCGAGGUUGUGCUGAGCAACGGCAGCCUCCAGCUCCCCGAGCCGGGCAGGAAAUGCCUCUCUGGAUUGGUGGUUUUGCUAGUUUGUUCCAAAGACUGCGGGGAGAGCAUACGGACUCCGCGCGUGCUGGGAGGGAGCGUGGCUGCCAUCGAGACGUGGCCAUGGCAGGUCAGCUUGCAGUACAGGAAGGAGCACAUCUGCGGCGGCAGCAUCAUCGACCCCAUCUGGAUCCUGACGGCCGCGCACUGCUUCAAGAACAACCCCAUCAUUCAGAGGUGGCGCGUGAAAGCUGGCUCCGACCUCCUUUCGGGCACCGGCACCCUGGCUGUGGAGAAGGUCUUCCUGGCGGAUGUGACGCCCGCCUCUCCCAAGGACAAUGACAUCGCCCUGGUGAAGCUGCGGUCUCCCCUGCGCUUCUCAGAGAGCACCAAGCCCAUCUGCCUGCCCUAUUUUGACGAGGAGCUGGAGCCGGGCACCUCCCUGUGGGUGAUAGGCUGGGGCUACACGCAAGAGCACGGCAAACUGUCACAGACCCUGCAGCAGGCAGAGGUGGAACUCAUCGACAAGCAGAGCUGCAACCUGGCUGCCUACCACGGGGAGGUCACCGACAAGAUGCUGUGUGCCGGGUUGCCGCAAGGAGGGGUGGACACCUGCCAGGGGGACAGCGGAGGGCCCCUCCUGUACGCGGGCGAGCACUGGCAGGUGGUGGGCAUCGUCAGCUGGGGCCAGGGCUGCGGGUCCCCCAGCACGCCCGGCGUCUACACCAGCGUCCGCGCUUACCUCAACUGGAUCUCCACCAUACGGAGGAGCUCUGACACCUGCCGGAACAGCUCUCUCCCUUCUCCCCAAAGCCUUCCUCCCCAUCCCUACGCCCUCAGCUGUCUCGGCACCAGCUGGGAAACGGAUCUCCAGCCACGGCAGGUGAGCGGUGCCGCUCAAAUCCUCGCCGCCAGGCAGUGAUCUCGUGUGCCAAAGACCAGCCGAGGAGGCAAAGGGCAGCUCGGAGCGACGGCCAUCGAUACUGUGAAGGAAUCUGACCGGCUUCAGCUCCCUUCCGGAGAAAGAUUAAUUUAUUACCCUGUGCCAACCUUGCUGUGGCAGGGAGGCUCCUGUGGGGCGACGCUGCUGUUGCUCACUGCUGUCACGCAGACAGAAACGGUGUUUGUGCUGUAGAGCAUCCCCAUUAAAAGAAAGUAUUCAUUUUUUUUCACACAGCUUCUGAAGGCUUUGUCCCUCCUGCUCGCAGGGUUAUCUCCACAACACCCUGGCAUUGCCGGAGCUGCUUUCCCCCGUGCAAGGCAGGGUUUAUUUGCUGCCUCCUGUGAAGAAGGAACAAAGCGUUCUAUGGUCCUCAUCGCUCUGACAAGCUGAUCAGAAUGGGGUCAAUUUAAAUUACCGUAUAACUAAUAGGGGUAUUGGGCAUUUUUAAAGCUCAUUUUUCCAGCAUAGCCUCAGCCCCAAUAAAAAUCAGCGCCAUUCCCAUGCAGCGGGGCAAAGAGAGAUCCUGUUUUCCAGGCAGCUGCACUCAGGGAGCCUUUGGAGGUGGGAUAUACCCCCCAAGCACCCUGCAAACUCUGCCCCACGCCAGGCUGGCUCCAAGCACCUACCGCCCCUGGGCUCCAGCAGGCAACGCGCACCCAUGGGUGCUGGGAAGCAGCUCCCAGCCCUCACCCCGGCGUGCUCAGGAGGAGCUGCAGGAUGCAGGUA